AUGUCUAUAGUAUUGAGAUUUGUUGAUACUAAUGGAUUCAUUCAAGAACAAUUUUUUGGGCUUGUUCAUGUAUCUGAUAUUGCGGCUUUGACUUUAAAGAAUGUCAUAUAUUCUACUUUGGCUCACUAUAAUUUGGAUGUUCAAAAUAUUAGAGGUCAAUGUUAUGAUGGUGCUAGUAAUAUGAGGGGUGAGUUUAAUGGAUUGCAAGCUUUGAUUAUAAAAGAUUGUAGAGGUGUUUAUUAUGUUCAUUGCUUUGCUCAUCGGUUACAAUUGGCUUUAGUUGCAGCAUCAAAAAAUGUGACACCUAUUCAUAAAUUUUUUGAUAGAUUAACUUUUAUAGUUAAUAUUGUUGGUUCUUCAUGUAAGCGUAAUGAUGAAUUGAAGAAUGCUCAUGCGGAUGACAUUGCACAUUUGAUUGCAAUAAAUGAACUCGAGACAGGGCGUGGACUUAAUCAAAUAGGUACUUUACAACGAGCUACUGAUACACGCUGGAGUUCUCAUUUGAGAUCAUUGAAAGGCCUAAUUAAGAUGUUUAGUGCAUCGUGUACGGUAUUGCUCAAGGUUAUGGAUGAUGGGCUUCCUCCUCAACGAGCAGAUGCAACAUCUGUUUAUGAUGAAAUGACUUCUUUUGAUUUUGUAUUCAUCUUGCAUCUUAUGAAUGAGAUUAUGGGGAUCACAGAUAUUCUUUGUCAGGCUUUACAAAGUAAGUCUCAGGAUAUUAUAAAUGCAAUGGAGCCGGUAUUAUCUACUAAGAAUUUACUUCAACAUAUGCAGGAUAACAAAUGGAAUGAUUUGCUUGCAAAAGUAGACCUCUUUUAUGCUUCUAUAGAUUCACAGUUGCAAGAAAUUAAUGGGCAAUUUAGUGAUGAUGCUAUGGAAUUGCUCAUUCUUAGUAAUGCCUUAAAUCCUCAAAAUGCGAUGGAGUCUUUCAAAAUUGAGGAUAUUUGUAAAUUAGUUGAAAAGUUUUAUGCCCAAGAUUUUACAAGAGAUGAAAAAGAGCAAUUGGAGAUGCAAUUGAAGCAUUACGAGCAUAAUGUAGUCAAAGGACCUGACUAUAAAAAUCUUUCAACCAUUUCAGAAUUAUGUCAAUGGUUGGUGAAGACUAACAAAUAUGUUACAUACAACCUCAUUUUUAGAGUGAUCAUACUUGUGCUUACUCUUUCGGUUUCCAUUGCUACUACAGAACGAUCAUUUUCUGCGAUGAAUAUUGUGAAAAUAAGGCUUCGGAGCAAAAUGGAGGAUACUUUUCUCUCGGAUGCAUUAAUGUACAUUAUACUCACUGGUAUUUAUGUAGCUAGAGUCAUUAUUGACAUGAAAAGUGGAAGGUCCAAACUCUAG